UCAAGUCAAAAGUCUCACGUUCUAGGAGCGCGUAUAAUUAUUUAGUCGGGAAAACUCUAUAUCGUAAUUAUUUUUUCGCAUUUUCAAAAGUCUGUUUGAUCUUGUAAUUUGACAUCAGCUGCACUCAUACUUGCGAUGUCGCUAGCCACCUCUCAGCUGUCUUAUUUCACUUCUAUCCAAAGGCGACACCGUUUUGACGCCCGAUCGUACUUGCGCCCUAAGGUACUAGCUGUUAAGAGUCAAGGUGCACGAAGCAUCGUAGUUGCCUGUUCUGAGAGUAAGGUUGCUGUAAGCUAUACAGAAGAUCCAGAGGUUUCAAACAAUGGUAGAUUGGAGAACACAUUUUUAGAUGAAGAAGAGCAUGUUAAUGAAAAUUUGACCAGUGUCCCUGUAGAUGAUGUUGUCGCUGAAGAACAGAAAGGGGCAAAGAUCCAUGACUUCUGUUUUGGAAUUCCAUAUGGUGGAUUCGUCUUAAGCUGGGGGCUUAUAGGUUCUAUUUUCACAAGGAACCUUUCCACUCUAGGCAAUGGUUUGCUUUUUGGAGGUGCUCUGUUGGCCCUUAGCAUUUACAGCUUAAAGGUCUGGAGACAAGGAAAGUCAAGCAUUCCAUUUGUACUGGGACAAGCAGCGCUCUCGGCUGUCUUGCUCUGGAAGAACUUGCAAUCUUACACAAUGACAAAGAAUUUUUUUCCAAUAUUCUUGUAUGCUGCUGUGAGUGCUGCGAUGCUCUGUUUCUAUACUUACGUGGUAAUAUCUGGUGGCAACCCUCCACCAAAGAAGUUGAAGUCAUCUGAGGUUGCCCCUUCAUAAUUGGGACCACUGACCAUAUUGCCAUUUGAGGCUAUCUUUGAGGAGAGAUGACAUAUUCUAAUAGAAUUUUGCUUAUUUGUAUGAAAGAUGAGGUGAAAGUUGUUAGUAGGGUUAAGCAGUGUGUUCGUCAAUAUUUAGACACAAUAAAUUGGUUACUUGUAACUUAUAAUAUAUGGAGUGCUGACGCUACUUUUUAAUUUAAAUUAUAAUAGGAAAAGACACACUUGUACAUUUUAAAUGUAUCGUGCGUGUCACGUUUUUUAUUGACGAAUUAGAUUAUUAUGUGUGUUAUGAGUCCAAUUCAUAUGACAUUUGGUAUAGUAAUUCAAAAUUUGUUAUUAUCUUA